GCUCGAGCUAUAGCAGCAGACCACACCUUCACACUUGUCUUCCCAUCUUCACUCAAAGUCUCAAAUUAACUAGCUAUAGCUCCAAAAAUGGCAGCAAAGGUGGCCGUCUUGGUUGCAUGUGCCUUGCUGCUCCUCGCCGUGGGGUGCCAGGCCAGCCCCUACUGGCCGCUAGAGGUAGGUUUCUACCACGACAAGUGCCCCCAGGCCGAGGCCGUCGUGAAGGGCGUCGUCGCGAACGCCAUCGCCCAGAACCCCGGCAAUGGCGCCGCCCUCAUCCGCAUGCUCUUCCACGACUGCUUCGUCGAGGGCUGUGACGCUUCCAUCUUGCUGGACGCGACCCCGUUCAGCCCGACGCCGGAGAAGACGAGCCCGCCCAACGACCCAACCCUGCGUGGCUUCGAGCUGAUCGACGCCAUCAAGGACGCCGUGGAGGCGGCCUGCCCAGGCGUGGUCUCCUGCGCCGACAUCCUGGCCUUCGCGGCCCGCGACGCGUCCUGCGUCCUCAGUGGUGGCAAGGCGGACUUCACCAUGCCGGGCGGCCGCCGCGACGGCACCUACUCCAACGCCUCGGAGCCGCUCAAGUUCCUCGUCCCGCCCACCUCCACACUGGCCGAGCUCGUGGACAGCUUCGUGGUCAAGGGGCUCAACACGGAGGACCUGGUCAUCCUCUCGGGGGCACACACCGUGGGCCGGUCACACUGCUCGUCCUUCGUCCCCGACCGCCUCCUCAGCCCGGCCUCCGACAUCGGCUCCGGCUUCGCGGCGUUCCUGCGGGGCCAGUGCCCCGCCGACGCAACGGCGGGGGGCAACGACGCCGUGGUGAUGCAGGACGUGGUGACGCCUGACGCGCUGGACAGGCAGUACUACAAGAACGUGUUGUCGCACACGGUGUUGUUUAGUUCCGACGCGGCGCUGCUGACAUCGGAGGAGACGGUGAGGAUGGUGAUGGACAACGCCAACAUCCCCGGGUGGUGGGAGGACAGGUUCAAGACCUCCAUGGUCAAGAUGGCCAGCAUCGAGGUCAAGACCGGCUUCCAGGGCCAGAUCAGGAAGAACUGCAGGGCCAUCAACUACUACUAAAUCUCAGGAGUGAAGGGUCAUGCAUCCAUGAGCUUCUGCAAGCGUGUCAUUGUUGUAAUCCGGUAAUUUGUUUCGCUGUUUUCUUAUGGAUUGAUUCAUUGGUGUUGCAUGUGUUUUGGUUGUUUGCUUUGGUCAAUUUCUCAAAGCACGGAAUUGUUUCUGUAAAUGGGGUUGUUUCUAGAGACGGCGGAAUAAUGUUGCUUGUAUUUGGAAUAAAUAAAGUGCUGCCCUGCAUAUGUCCAA